CCCAACUGCUGCCACCACCUGCACUGCUUAUGGGCCUUUUGAGGAGCCACUGUAAGUCUGCGAAGACGGUUAGUCAAUGACCCAGACAGGUUUGCAGUGGGAGAGGAGACUCCUGGUUGCUCUCUUGCAAGGAGCGUUUUCUACAACACCUGAUCCACCAUGGCUGAUGACCUGGACUUCGAGACCGGCGAUGCCGGCGCCUCCGCCACCUUCCCCAUGCAGUGCUCCGCCCUCCGGAAGAACGGCUUCGUGGUGCUCAAGGGACGUCCUUGCAAGAUUGUGGAGAUGUCCACUUCGAAGACGGGCAAGCACGGCCACGCCAAAGUGCAUCUUGUCGGCAUAGACAUCUUCACUGGGAAAAAAUACGAAGAUAUCUGCCCUUCCACUCACAACAUGGACGUGCCCAACAUCAAGAGAAAUGACUUCCAGGUAGGCCGGGGGGGGGGGGGGGGGGGGCUUGUGGUCAGCAAGUGUCUGUUGGUUUGGUUAUCAAAUUUACAAAGCACGCCCGUUUCACGAACACGUCUCUUUGGCAGCGUAGUACAAGGGUCAAAUUGUCUCCAUUGUUGUAUCGUCGUUGUGGGUUUGAGGCCACACUGCCCUUCCUUGGGGAUGUGGUUUCUCCACAGAUUGGAGAGCUGCUUAUGAUGUCUCCAUUCUCAU